AGGAAGUCACUUUAUUGCCGUCAAAUCCAAAGUGUUUAAACAACUUUUCAUUUGUCAGUUAAUAGGUAUCUUUUUAAGCGUAUUUUUGAAUGGAUCUACCCUGUCCAGAGUGGGUUCGGCAUGUCGAGCAGAAAUGGACGGAAAUGAGAUCUGAAGUAACUGAGAGCUUCAGCCUCCUGACAGAUAUAGAUGCGAUAUUCAACCACGGGCUGUCAUUAAUAGGCCCAGACGAUCUCAACACUUUCUCCAGAAUCUCUGAGAAGUACUCUGUGAAAAAGUCUCCUGAGAGGGCAUCUGAGUUUAGACAGCAAGGUAACCUCAGCUUCAAAGUGAAGGAUUACACAGCCGCAGCUCUCUAUUACUCCAAGGGUGUUUGCCAUGCUGACAAGAACACAGAAGAGCUAUCCUUGUGCUAUGCUAACCGUUCUGCAGCCCUCUUUUAUCAUGGCCUCUACAGAGAAUGUCUUGAGGAUAUUCAACGUUCUUUUGAGGCCGGUUACCCAAGCCACCUGCAAGACAAACUGAGAACUAGAGAGGCCGCAUGCCUGAAUCAACUUAGAAAACCUGAAAAAUCCAACACGCCAGCCACAAAUCAUCAAACACCACCAUGCCAGAAAAACAGAAACUCUACUACUUGUGUUUCACAUGGUGUGUCUGUUUAUUUCAGUCCAGAGAAAGGUCGCCACAUAUUAGCUACAGAAAAUAAACCAGCUGGCGAGGUGGUGCUGGAGGACGAGGCUUUCUGUUAUGUUCUUAUACCAAGUAACAAACUCAAUACAAAGACCAAAAAGAAAGGAAAGGCUUUUGAUAAUGAAGACCGACACUGUCACCACUGCUUGAGCCAAUCAUGGAGCUUUGUGCCUUGUCCAAACUGUAGUUACGCUCAAUACUGUGGAGAGAGCUGUCAAAAAGAUGCUUGGGAGCGCUGGCACCAAUGGGAGUGUCCAAUUGGAGCAGAUCUGUUGGCCAUUGGGAUUUUAGGACAUCUUGCACUAAGAGUGGCCCUGAAAGCUGGACAAAAUGAGGUCCAAAGGGUGAAGAAAAGCUCACAAGAAGACCAUGUGACUUGUAGCUCUUAUAAAAGUGAUUCACCAGUCCAGUUGAGUCUUGGAGGCCACUGUAGAGCAGGUUCAGACCACACUGACUGUUAUCAUGGCAACUCGUACAUGGGCAUCUACAGCCUUUUACCACAUGUGGCACAACACUCACCCGGCUCACGCUUCUUAUUGGCGAUAACCAUGGCAACGCUUUAUAGGAGGCUGCAAGGCGGACCCCCACCAGACAUGUGGGUGUCUUGCAAGGAUGAAGGAGUUAGUGGAAUCUGGCAGCCUGAGAUGAGCAUGCUGGGAGCCACAGCUCUGAGACACAUGAUGCAGCUCAGGUGUAACGCUCAAGCAGUCACUGCUGUUAGGGUCAAAGAAGAAAGUGGUAUGGCUGUUCAAUCCAGUAGUGAAAUCCGAAUUGCCACAGCAAUUUUUCCUGUACUCAGCCUGCUUAACCACUCCUGCAGUCCAAACACAAGCAUCUCCUUUACCGGAGGCUUUCAGACUGACCCGCUCAGUCAGUUCGGUUGUUCUGAAGGUCACACUGACCAUCCCGAGAGCUCUCACUGUGGUGUGACGGUCACUGUACGUGCUUCAAAAGAUCUUACAGCGGGACAGGAGAUUCUGCACUGUUAUGGCCCACACUGUAGCAGAAUGGAGGUGAAGGAGCGUCAGCUCCUCCUGCUGGAGCAGUACUUUUUCCAUUGUAACUGUCAAGCCUGUCAAAGUGACCUAUCAGAAGGAAGCCAGAAUGCAAAAGAAAACGCAUCACCAGGGCUAAAGUGUGUGAAAUGUGAAAAGCCUCUUCAGUCCCGUAUGGAUAGGUACAUGUGCUCUUUGCCAUCCUGUGGUCAUCAGAUCACCACUGCCGAUGUACAGAACAGACUUCAGGGUUUACAGUGUCUUUUGGAUGAAGCCAUUCAUCUCAUGGAGGGAGACAGAUUAGACAAAGCCCUAAAGAUCCUAAAAUCAGCUUCUUCUCAGGCAAACAGUAUCCUAACAGAGACUCACCCUCUCCAAGGAGAGCUAGCAGAUGCGACAGCUCGUGCGUAUGCCACCACGGGUGAAUGGAGUCUGGCUGCAUCCCAUUUAAAGCGCAGCACUGUUGCGAUUCAGGCCCAAUUCGGAGAGGACAGCAUAGAGCUGGGAAGACAGCUUUUUAAAUUAGCACAGCUACAUUUUAACGCCGGAGACUGUGGUGCAGCUCUCUCUGUGAUUCCCAGGGCCCAUAGGCUCCUCUCUCUCCACUGUGAUCCUCACUGUGAAGAACUACAGGAACUGCAUGAAAUGGAACGCUGUCUACAAGGACUGCUGUGAAAUAAUGAUUCAAACUGAAUGAUCAUUGGAGCAUUCUGCUGUGCGUCUGGCCUGCAUGCGUGUUUGUGAGCACAUCACAGCCAGCAGGAAUCAUUUGGCCAAUUUUCCACAGCUGGUUUCCACCACGUAAUUCCAUCAGGUAACCAGACCUGAUUAUGUGAACUGUCUGCAUGCAGGUUUUAUGAUAUACUGACUCAUGAAAGAGCCAAUCUCACCGGCUGAGAGAAAAACCUCUCGUUCUGACCGACAGCGGAGCUGUGAGAAUGAUGUUGUCAGAUAUAUGUGUGUAAGAGUGUGUGUUUUGCUGAUGUCAGUGUCUCAAACUGUCGGCGAAGCUUCAUGGGGAGAUGAGUGAGCUGUCCCACCAAGCACAACGCUUGGCUGUCAAUCAAACACAGCAAUUUAUAAGCCAAGGUCAUGACAGGCAGACGGCGAGAGCGGGAGAGGCAGUCAAAGAGCUAACACAUUUUUCAUAGGAAAACUGACUGAAGAAAACAGGACCUACCUAUUAAGAUGUUUGCAAAUGACUUACAGAACCCUGAUAAAUCAUGACAUGUACAGGGUAGAAUGUAACCAACACGAUCUGAAAACUCUGUCAUCAUUUACUGACCUUCAUGUUGUUCCAAACCUGUAUGACGUUUCUGGAGUUUGACUUCCUCAGUCCUCGUUUACUGUCAUACUGUACGGAUGUGUUCAAUUUAUGCAACUGAAGUAACAUAUCAAAUGACUGACUGUAUAUAAUACAAUCAAUAACCAUGACCAUAAUGCAUCAGCUGAGGUUUCUCUAUCCAGACCUGAAACGCCUUUGUCAUACACUGAGCGGAAGAAAGUUUAUAAUUUGGUGAUAAAUGAGCAGAUAGAAAGGAAUGAGAUUACAUAACCACCAUAUGGUCUA